CUCCGCAUACCAAUAGACAACUUACCUGGCUACUUCCCGCACAAGUCCAUGUUGAAACAAACUACACCUAGGAGAUCAACUCCUCCCGUUUCCAAGCCCGUCAAGAAAGGAAACGAAGGCGCCAAUAGAAGAAGAGACUUGCCAGAUGAACCGCUCAAGCGCCGAAACGUCCAGCUCUCCCACCUACCUGCUCCUCCAAACCCUCCGGCUCUGAGUCAAGCCUUUCCUUCCUUGGUAUCAGAAUAAACGGGGUCUCACGACCAAACACUCAUCUCUACCAAGCCUCAGCGUUUGAUUCACAGAACCCACUGGCGUCUUGGACCAUCCCUCUCUUCAGACACUGAAACGGAGAGCAGAAGAGAGGUCGGAAAAGAGGCAAAACAUCCCACUCGCACCGCCUCCCGUCGGAAAGGUUCGAAUAGUGAUGGGAGUUGUCUCACAGAGGAGGGGACGAAAGACCCAAGGCUGAAUCGUGUGUAGAGAAAGAAAGAGCUCGGUUCUCUCUCUGCGCCCCAGAAUGCGGGAGGGGUGGCCAAGAAUAGGCAAAG